UGGGAACUUGAAAUACCUACAAAUGUUGUUAUAUUUGAGCGAUCGCCGUCCACAAUGUCUCAGCCACAUCCAGAUAUCGAGUUUUAUCGUGGAAAUUUGGUAGCAAAAUUAAGACAAUGUUACCAAGAACUAUGUCAGUCUCGAGAGAACAUCAAUGCACCAAAAGAAUCCUUCAAUCGUUGGCUUAUUGAAAGAAAAGUAGUUGAUACAGGAACUGAUCCAUUAUUACCCUCUCAAUGCUACCCGGAAGUGUCUUUAAGAAUGUAUAACGAAAUAAUGAAUGAUAUACCAUUAAGAUUGUCAAAGCCUAAGUAUACUGCAGAUGCUCGGAAACAACUAUCUAUAUACGCUGAGGCAGCAAAAMAUCUCAUUGAGUCUAGAAACACACUGCAAGAGAGUAGAAAGGUUGUAAAAUGGAACACUGAAGAUACAUUGCAGUGGUUGAGGAAGACAGUUGGUGCUACRUAUGUUGAUUUCCAAGAGCGAUUAAACCAUCUUAAGWUGCAAUGUCAACCGCAUAUAGCUCAAACCGUUAAAGAAUCUGUAGAAGGCAUCUGCUCAAAGGUAUACCRUUUAUCUGUUGAAUAUGCUCGCAAAGUCAAAGAAAAAAAUAGUGAGCUUUUGAUUGCACAAGGAAUUACAGAAAUGGCACCAGCUCCUGCAGUGUUAACUUUACACAAAGUUUGGUGUUAUCCCGUUCAAUUUGUUACACCGGCUCCUCGUCUCCCGCCUGUAGAGUACAUGGCUGACAAAGAACAGACUUAUGUCCGGUUUAAUGGAGAGAGGUUACUCAUCAAUACUGUGUACCUUCAAAAGUUGGAACAAUUGUACCGCUACAGCUGUUAUGAAGACAAAAAAAUGGAAAACUUCAUGGCUAGAGUUUGGUGUUUGUUGAAAAGGUACAAUGUCUUCUGCUCUAACAGUCCUGAUACACAAGUUUCAGUGCCAGUGCCUAUCCUAGAAUCUCUGCACAGGAAUUUUGGUGUGACAUUUGAAUGUUUUGCAUCACCUCUAAAUUGCUAUUUCCGGCAGUAUUGUUCAGCGUUUCCAGACACCGAUGCAUAUUUUGGAUCCCGAGGUUCAAUUUUGGAUUUAAAUGCUGUUAGCGGAUCAUUUGUGGUGAACCCUCCUAUACAUUGUGAUGAUCUAAUUGAAGCAUCUCUAAAUCAUAUUGACCGGUUGUUAUCUGAAUCAAGCGAWCCUCUAUCUUUCAUCAUAUUUUUAGUUGAUGGUGAUACAACAUUUGUCCAAAAACUAGACUCUAGUCAAUUCAAACGACGCCAGGUGGUUAUCCCUGCAUUUGAACAUUAUUACAGACAUGGUUUUCAAUACAGUGUACCAAAGACAGAUGUAAACAUUCGUUCUCCUACAAGCACGUUAGUUGUCUGGCUUCAAAACAAUGCCGGAURCCAGCGUUGGAGCCCCAGCGAAGACAGGGUUGAAGCUUUGUUGGAAGCGUUCCGUCCAGGACGAGAACGUGAUCGUGACCGCCAGGAACUCCUUUCACCAACACCAAAUCCUCUAUUAGGCCCACCGCCACUUCCUGUUUAGAGUUAGUAGAUAUAUACAUUAGUUAUAACUAUAUAUUUAGUGCAUGUUUAUGUGUAYAUGUUUAUACAAACACGAUAGGCAAUUAUGGUGUCUAGUUUUACUCAAAUUUAUUUUUUUUGUGUUCAUUAUACACCUGUGUAUAAUGUACUCUCAUUAAAUAUCAGUUUUUUUAUACAUUCAUUUAAUGUAUAUGGUUAUAAAUUUAUAAUAUAAUUAUUGAAUUUUACUUAAUGCAAACUCUGAGCCAUAAUUGCUAUUUCAAUUUCCUUUACCUAAUAAUAAUUUUAAACAUUUUAAAAUGUUAAAAAUAAUUGUAUAUAGGUAGAUAUUUUUAGUUAUCGUUUUGUUGAUUUAUCUAUUUGUUAGUAUAAGAAAAUUUAUUAUUCUGUCGUUAAUCGGCAGAGUAUAAAUUUGAAACAAAAUGUAUCAGAAUUUCGUCCAAAUAUUCAUAAUGAUCGCAAUGGAUUAUUUGCUGUUUUUAAUAUUUCUUAUAAAAAACAACAUUUUCCUAAAGCACAUUUAAGAAUAUCGAAUUAAUGUUAUUUAGAAUUUGUAAGGGCUUAGUACUUAUAAGUGUUUAGUGAAACAAUAAAAAACCUAAUAAUUUUCUCCAUAUAAUUCCACUUAAUUUAAUAUUAAAUAUAUAUAUAAUAAGUAUAUUGUAAUUUCAUAGUACUCUUUAACAAGCUGUUGUCACUUUUGAAUCUAACCAACUAAUUGGACAACAAUAAUUCAUUGUUACUCAACAAUUUAUGGUUAAUUAAGUAAUUUUUUCUCUGUGGAACCGCCUAGUUACGCACAAAUGUACUUUAAUGAUAUUCUAUUUAUUGAUCGUCAUUAGCGGACUUACAUCAGUACUUAAGUGUUUUAUUACUAAUUUCAAUGUAACUUAACUUAUAUUAUCAUUAUUGCAUUAAGGCAUCUAAAUUAUAUACUUAAAUAUUCCAGAGCAUAAACAUCAUAGUUCUAUAUCUUUCAAACAUUUUUUUUUGUUUUUAUCCCUUAUAAUUAUCAUAUUAGAUGCUUAUUAUUGUCCAACAUUAUAUUUAUUAUUUUUCUUUGAAUUUUACCACUUUUACACAUCUAUUAAUAACCAAUAGCCUUAAAUAGUUUACCAAAGUUUUAAUUGUUCUUUUUUGAUAAACUACUGUUAACAUUGAUUGUGUUU